GUGGCGACCUGACCUUUGAGUAUUACCGAAGGGCGACCAGGCGACGCCCAGUUAGCUAUGAUCAUGAGGUGAGGCUACGCAACCUCAGAUGCAGUGGGACUUGGGGUUUUUGACCACCACUUUAUCAGCUCGCAUGAGUAGUGCUGUCAGAUAGGGCGACCUCAGGCCCCCAUUGAUUUAAGGAGAGGUUUGUGACCUGGUGUGAGUUGCAACUCGUGUAACGACCUGACAAAUGUGGUUGUCGUCACGAUAUGUGACGAGCUGAAUCUUGGGGGAUUUUAGCAUACGAUCUACACUUGUGAACGAAUUGGCACGAUUGAGCCGAUUUGGCGAAUAUGUCAUCUUUGUAACGACCUGGUAAGUAUGCUCACAAUAGCGAGCUGGUGUGACAGUAUAGGGUACACCUCAGCAGUUACGAUCUGAAUCUUGGGAUUUUUUGAGUCAAGCAAAUCUUUGAGGAGAUACGAUUGAACUUCCCAUAUCUCUUUGCCUUCCCCGUCAUAAAUGCUGGCUCAGCAUUUGAGGGAUGUGACAGCUAAAGCCGGCGCACGUUAUGCAGGAGGGGCGUUAAGCGCCUGCCACGUGUGGGACGCUAGUUGGCGCGUCAGAAACACGCCAAGAACGCUCCAGCUUGAAGAAUCAGCACACCGAAUCAACUUCGCAUCAUUUUCAAGUAAAAUGGUUUCAUUGAGAGAGCUUACAGAGCAACGAGGUAACCAGGGUAGAGAGGGAGAAGAGGAAGGGGUUUUGUCAGUAGAGCCUAUCACAAUGAUAGUGCCGUCGGAGUUGCAGGAUGUGCCGGAAACAAUGGCGUCUGAGAGCAGCACCAGUUCCAGCGCCAGUGACAACGGUGGCGACCACCCUAGUGCGCCGUCGAGCAGCUCGUUCGAGGGGACACCUGGCCGCGAGGAGGGGGAAGGGGAUGUAGUGAGCCAUGUUUCAGAUCGGCCUGUAAUGGAAGAAUGGGAGAGCAGAACCAUCACGGGCAGGUUGGAUAACCUGCGAAAGGCGCCAAAGGACCUGCCCGUCGAAUUUAGGUUCCGGGCCGCGCUUCAUCAUGAAGUAGCAGAUUGCACGCCCUCAAUCAGCGGGUACAAAAAAUUGGAGGAUAUGGUGAGGACGUAUCAUAUUCCCCGGACAAUACUGUUACGAACAGGCGCACCAAAUGAGAGGGCUUGCACGGUGUCACAGACUGGCUGGAUCCCAGUGUAUGUGGACCACUUUGACGCCGGCCUGCGGUUUCCCCUGCCCGGAUUGGUGUUCGACCUGCUGGCGGAUUACGAGCUGGCGUUGACGCAGCUGACUCCCAACAGCAUAAGGUUCAUUAUUGGCUUUAUGCUGUUGUGUGAGCGAUUAGAGGUACCUGCCAAGGCGAUCGUGUUCAGGUCGCUGUUUCAAUGCCGGCUGUGUCCUAACUCCCGAGGCGCGAAGUGGUACUACCUUUCCGGGAGAGACAAAAGCCAGCUGUUCAAGAAUGUCCGGAACAAAGUGGCGAGGUGGAAGAGGCAAUUUAUAUUUGUUCGCGACACGCGAACAGAUAGGAUAAACAACGACCUCGCUGCCCGGCUGUUAGAAUGGCGCACGCCGAACACCCAUAUCAACUACCCUCAGCUGCUGCCCCGGGAUGUAGAUCUGAAGAACCAGCUGCUUGAGUAUGCCAAGAGGGAGGGUCUGAUAGAUUUAGAAACCCUGGUUACCUCGGAGCAGCUCGCCGUGUUCGGGUUUGUCGAUGUGACAAACCUGUUCACAGAAGGAGAAAUGAGUAGCAUCCUAGAACGCCAACGACAGCGAGCUCAAAGCUCACAAGGCCGUGUGUCGGGCAGCGCACAACCCAGGCAGACACGGUUUGACGAGCGGCCACCUCCAGCGCCUCAAUCACGUGGCUCGUCACACCGGGGAUCCAGCUCGGCGUCCAGGCCGCGAGCUGAGCAUAGAGCUGAAGUUGCAGCUCCGGGUGCACGUAGGCGUGCACGCGAGGAGACGGAGAGCGAGGAAGAUGAGGUCCCCCUUGCUCGGCGUAGAACAAGCGGGGGGACUCAGCCCGCUCAGGCGGCCCGUCCUACAACCGUGCGUUCGCCCAACGCACCGUCAGCGACCGCGCGGGCAGCAGUUGAGCCCGCCUCUGCAUCAGCUUCGACUUCGGGCCCCAGUAUUGCUUAUCCUGAGGGUUUCAGCUACGUGCGGGCGGAGUGCCAGCCCGCCAUGGUGCAAGCCAUGCACAGUUUUGUGCUCCCGGCAGAUAGUCGGCGGGCAAAAGCGUUUGUGCAGCAACAUGGCGGCCAGGUUGCCAUGAUCAAGCUGAUGGAUGCAUUCAGCUACGCUAUGGCGCUCUACGAGAGCGAGCAGGGGGUUCGUACAGAGAGCAGCGAGCUCGGUGCCAAGUGCAAACAGCUGGCCGCGGAGAAGGCUAGCCUUGUGGACGAUGUGAAUCGUCUGCAGGGCUCAGAAAUGGCGAACCGAGUUGCGGCUGCAGAGAGCCGGGCGGAUGAGCUCGCCAAUAGGAUCAAUGAGCUCACGGAGGAGCUAGAGCAAGCCCGUGCGGAGAGAGAGAGCGGGAUUCAAGCGGCAAAGGACGAGGUCGCUCGGGUUGAAGAGCGGGCUAAGAGGGCUGAGGACGAGAGGGACCGUGCUCAGACCGAGCUGGGUUCCCUCAGGCUCCAGGUCGCCGAGGCUGACAAAAACCUCAGCGCUACCGAAGAGGCGCUGAACGCAUUGAAAGCUUCUCAUGCGCGCUCCGUAGGUAUUGCUCGAGCUCAAGGGGCGGAAUGGCUGGUCGGCUCGUCAACUUUCCAAGACGCAGUGGUGGUGGCGUCUGCUAACAUGACCACGGAAAUCUACAACGAGAUUCGUGGGAAGGUGCUGCACCACCGCCCAGAUUUUCCAAUCCGCGAGCUGGUCUUCUUUGACGAGGAGGAGCUUGACGAGCAGGGUAAGAGCCUUGCUCCCCUCGCUGACACAACCGUGAGGCUGAGAUGGGAUUUGAACGAGGAGGGCGUGCCCGUCUGGCCACCGUCCGUGCUGGAGGACGGGGAGGAUCCAGCCGGACUGGCCUCAUUUGAUGCAUGGGUAGAGGGUGCUCCUGUAGCUGAGCAGGAGCCUUCAAGCACCCCGCCCACCUCUCAGCCCGCCGCGAGAGCAAUGCUGUGGAGUGAUGAGGUUGAUGUUAUCUCUUCUGAUGAAUUUUCUUCAGAAGCAGAGGCGGAUGCUAAUGAUGGAACCAGUAAUUCGCCUACUGAGCAACCACCCCAAGAAUUGUCCCCUCAAGGUACUUUCAAGUUUCAAGAUAUGGGUUUCAUCUCGCUUUUGUUUGAGUCUACAAAUUUCUCAUUUUCUUUCAUGUCCUCUCACUGUCUUGCUCUUAGCAAGAAAGCAACAUUUGACUGUAACAAUGGUAAUAGUUUCUAACAAGGUAAUUAGUUGCCUUUUAUAACUUAGAUAAAAUCUCAUCUUUAGUUCUACAAGAAGUUUGGUGGUUGUUGUUGUGAGAAUUGUAACUGUUUGGACGGGAAGCAAAAACACUAAUGGCAAUGGGUGCUAUAGCUGUAUAAUGGGUUUUUUCUACUGUAACUGGCUGAAGGAACAGAUUACCUGUCUUGUUCUUGUCUGCUUAAUGAUGUACCAUUCACUAGCAAUGUAAUAUGUGUUGAAUCAUAGAAUUAGAAUUAAUUAGUAGUAUUCUU